CUGUUAAAUACUGUGUUUAAUGUCAAGGUUACUGCUGUCAGUCUUGCGUGGACAUGCACUUACGAUUUCCUGUUUUGAAAAGUCACACACUGCUUGACCCAUCAGCUGGUAAAGUAGAGGGAUCGUCAAUUACAUUGCCGACGGAGAGAUGUCCUAUUCAUAGCAUUAAGUUAGUUGAUAUGUAUUGCAAAGACCAUGAUGAGGUGGGCUGUACAACAUGCAUGGCCUUAAAACACAGAUCAUGUAAAAAUGUCCAUUCUAUUCCUGAUGACAUCGACGUAUUAUUCGAUACAAAAGAUCUUGCAGAUAUAAAUCGGGGUUUAGAAAACACUACAAAACGGUUUGAAAACAUCGAACUAAUGAAAGAAGAGGCUCUUGUAGUCUUAAAUUUGUCAAGAAAGGAAGCCAAAAUGAAGAUCGACAAUGAAAAGCAAAAGCUUAUUACGCAUUUAGAUAACAUUGCAAGACAAUCUAAAGAGGACCUUAGGAGAAAAUAUGAGACCGCAAAAGGUGAGAUUGAAGAAGACCGACAAGCAGCAAAAGAAUUUAAAGAUGACUUUAGAAAGCUAACAACAGAAUUUGAAACAUUAGCAGGAAACAAGUCACAACAAUUUGUAUGCAUGAACAUUGCAAAACGAAAAAUAAAAGAUGGAAAAGAAAGCUUAUCUGACUUCAAAUGCACUGGAGAAGCCAGCGUUUCAUUUCAUGUAGAUUCGGGAAUACUGAAGAUUUCUAGAAACAUUGAAAUCUUUGGUACAGUAAAAACCACAAAAGGAACCAGCCACCACUACACUGCUGAGACUGUCAAAGAUAUGAAUGUUAAGUUACAAGAUGAUGGAACAACUUGUGAUAUAUCUGGCUCAUGUUUGAUAAAAGAUGGAAUGCUGUUUUUAGUUGAUUUCAAAAAAUAAAAAGCUUAAGCGCGUUAAUAUCGAAACUAUGACUAUUGAUAGUUCCUGUAGUUUUGAUCAAAAGCCAUGGGGUGUAUGCUAUACCAGUAAAGAUGAAGCAGUCGUUACCCUUUCUUCGCCUGAGAGUAUUCAGUUUGUCUCAAUCGGUACUGAACUAACACCUACAAAAAAAGUUAACAUUUAUCAUAACUGUCUCGGAAUUUCCUUGAAUGAUGAUAAUCUUUAUAUCACUGAUAAUGCCCAAACGUUAUAUAUACAUGAUAUGUACGGUAACGAACUACAAAAGAUAUCAACAGACAUCACAGGUAAUGGUCUGUUUAACUGUGUUCGAGAAAUUGACCUCAGUGAUGCUUUGCGAGGUGGUGUAGUUGCAGAUCUGAAUAAAGGUAUUAUCAUUCUUAAUGAUCAGUAUCAGCGCGUUGCUGAAUUUUGUGAACCCGAGUUGCGAAAUGCAACAUCAGUGUGUACAGAUGAUGGAGGAAGCAUAUUUGCGUGCGGGUAUUCCUCACACAACGUGAUACAAAUAGGAUUUGAUGGAAAGAAGAUAUGCGAUGUGUUGACAACAAAUCAUGGACUUCAAUAUCCCGAGUCACUGUGCUUUGAUUCUACAAAACGUCGGUUGAUUGUGGGUCAGAACAGUGACUUUGUCAAAAUCGUUCAACUUAAGUAGUGAAUGCAAUUAUUAAAAUACGUGUGGAAUGUUAAUAUCUAUAUAUGUCGAAAACAGACCUUAUUUAAAAAGGGUCAUUUGUACGCCUUGUACAUGUAAAUAUUGUAGUAAAAUAAGACUUUGAUAAAUUAAGAAUAAUAAAUUUGAAAUGAUAGAGCACAUCUUGGUUUGGCACAAGUAGCAUUUAAUUAGACUAUUGCAAUUGAUGACUAACUGUUCAAAGUGGAUUGGCCUACAUUGAACACAUUUUCCAUAACUAUUUCAAAUAUUGAUAAUAACAACAGAAAUGUGUCCGUUGACUUGUCAUAUUAAUUAUUGCUUGAAAGAUAUGAUGAAGUUCUAAGUGAGUUGGAACAUUUUUAUGAUGAACAAUAAUGAACAAUAAUAGUUCCUAUAAAACAUUUUAUUAUCUGUUAUAUAAAUAUUUGUAAUACCUGAUCAUGUAUUUCGCUAUUGCCAACAACAUUCAUAUAUAAUUAUUUCGUUGUUUGUUGUAAUUUCUGAUGUUAAAUACUAUUAACGUAAUUAUUCAAUGUAUUACAGAACAGAACAGAACAGAAGAAAAUAUUUAUUUUUGUAGAUUUACAAACCUUCAGUUAUAGACUUUAAAUAUCGAUAGCUUUAUAAAUUGUUUCUGCACCAUAAGAAUUCAUUUUAGAAAACGCAUUAAAUUGUUGUUUUUUUUUUUAUUGGCUUGAUAAAAGGUUAUUACAGAAUUUUUUGUAAGAUUUGAGUACCGAAAUUGAAAUAUGUCUGUAUCAUUUGCAUCCAUCAGUCUUAAGUAAUGCAAAAGUUCGGAAUAUUCGUUAUUUUCUAUGUUUUAAAAUGUUCAAAUCAAUUCUGAUUGAAAUGAAAAAUGGGUUUUUAAAACAAUGUCCUAAUUAACCACAUUGUAAAUGUUUAUUAAAUACGAAAUUUGACGUAAAAUGAAUUAUUACGAGAUGUCGAUGAUAGGGAAUUUAUUUUGAUAUCAAUGUAUUUAACGCACCAUUUACAAAAAAGAUAUUAAGUAUUCAGUUGUAUUUUAAUAGGGAUAAGUUGUUUUAUAUUGAAGUGUUAUCGCCAGAAUAUCUUUGUUUCAAGUGUUAAUAUGUAUACUGAUACAUUAAUAUUUUACAGUAUGAAUAGAUGUGAACCUUCUUAAAUCAUUAUAUAAUUUAACUGACUGUACAUAUUGUUCGGUUAAGUGACGAGUUGAUGCUAAGUAAGACAGUAUGUUGAGUUUUAUUAAAAAGUACAAACGAAACUUUCACACUUAACAUGCCUACAAAUAGCUGCAUACACAUGAAGCUUCCUUACACUCAUUCCUUUUAUAUAAAGGAAUGAUAAUCAUACACGCAAGAGGUAUAUACAUGCAUACAAUCCUCAUAAGCAUUACAUACACAUUUACGGUAAAUAAACGCACACACGAAUGC